AUGAUAGUGUGCCUGAGUUCCUUGGUGGCGAUAAGACUGGGUUCCCCAUCCUGGAUUUGGAGCCUUUUGGCUGGGAUAGGCCUUUUGAUGGCCUGGGGGAGACCCUGGAGGUUCCUCCAUGUAGCACUUCACACCAUCAAGAGAGACCUCAAGUGUCUGGUUGUCAUACUACGGGUAAAAUUCUCCCUGCACAGGCACCUGCAUAGCGGCAGAACAAUCCCUGACCUGUUUGCCCAUGUGGUGGCACAUCAUCCAGACAAGCCUGCCUUGAUCUGUGAGGCCACAGGAGAGGUGUGGACUUUUAGGGAGCUAAAUGACAAAUGCUGUGCUGUGGCCGGCUGGGCAGUGGCGCAGGGCUGGACUGAGGGUGAUGUAGUGGCCUUAUAUUUAGAAAGUCGCCCACCAUUGGUGGCGCUGUGGCUGGGUCUGGCGAUGGUCGGCGUUGAGGCCGCACUAAUCAACCAUAAUUUACGGCAACACUCUCUUCUGCACUGUGUGGGUACGUGCACGGUCCGGGCAAUGGUGUUCGGGACAGAGCUCACUGAAGCCGUGUCAGAGGUGAGUGGUUCUCUGGACCCCUCGGUGGUUUUGUUCAGUAUCGGCGACCAGAGCGAUGAAAGCAAUGUCGCCAGCCUCCAGGCAAAGAGCCUCGAACCCCUGCUGGCCCGUUCGCCUACACGACCCCCGAAACGUCCUCUCAGCAAGGGGUUUAACGAUAAGCUGUUCUACAUCUUUACCUCUGGCACAACGGGGAUGCCAAAGGCGGCCGUAGUGGUGCACAGUCGUUAUUACCGCAUCGCUGCUUUCGGCUUCCACUCCUUUGGGUUACGACAUGACGACAUCAUCUACAACAGCCUCCCCCUCUACCAUUCUGCAGGCAACAUCAUGGGUGUAGGGCAAUGUUUACUCUUCGGUCUAACUGUCGUUGUCAAGAGGAAGUUCUCGGCCAGUCGCUUCUGGAAGGACUGUAUCAAGUACAACUGCACCGUUAUCCAAUACAUAGGUGAGAUCUGCCGUUACCUGUUGGCACAGCCAGUUCAUCCUUCUGAGGCUGGUCACCGAGUGCGUAUUGCCAUGGGUAAUGGCCUCCGUCCGUCUGUGUGGGAAGGGUUUGUGCAGAGGUUCAGAAUCCAGCGGGUCGGGGAGUUCUACGGGGCGACGGAGUGCAACUGCAGCCUCAUCAACAUCGACGGCAGGGUAGGGACGUGUGGCUUCAUCAGUCGUAUUCUGCCCAGUUUCUACCCCGUCGGGCUGGUCAGGGUACAGGAGGAAAGCAUGGAGCUUCUCCGGGAUGCUCAGGGACUCUGUGUACCGUGUCGGCCUGGUGAGCCAGGCGUGUUGGUGGGGUGCAUCAACCAGAAUGACUCACUAAGGAGAUUCGACGGCUACGCUGAUCAGGAUUCAACCAAUCGGAAAAUAGCUCACAAUGUCCUCAAGAUGGGAGACUCUGCCUAUAUCUCAGGUGACCUUCUGGUGAUGGACGAGUAUGGCUACGUGUACUUUAAGGACCGUUGCGGGGAUACGUUUCGUUGGCGAGGGGAGAACGUCUCUACCACAGAGGUGGAGGCAAUUCUCAGUGGGCUGCUGGGGCACACUGAUGUGGCCGUCUAUGGAGUAGCUGUACCAGGUGUGGAGGGCAAGGCUGGUAUGGCGGCUAUAGCCGAUGUAGGAGAACAGUUUGACAGGUUUACCUUCUUGACUGCGGUACAGAAAUCUCUGCCCCCCUACGCACGCCCCAUCUUCCUCCGACUCUUGCCACAACUUGAUACCACAGGCACAUUUAAAAUUCAGAAGAUGCGGCUGAAAAUGGAAGGAUACGAUCCUCAUCAUUCAAAUGAACAGCUCUUUUUUCUAAACAGCCGUGCUGGCUGCUAUGAGGUUCUGACUGAGGAACUCUAUAGGUCCAUUAUAAAGGGAGGGGUUUGUCUGUGAGACAGGAGACUUACUGUAGGAAGAGAGUGAAAUAGAGAUAAUGAACUUGAAAGAGAGAGAAAGGAAUCGUUCACGAGUAUGACCGCUGAUGGAGAUAGAAAUCUAAUUGUGU